GACAGCGACUUCCGAAUAGUCAAUCGUCAGUCGUAGAACGGUGUGUACACUGGGAACAACUGUGCGGUAUCUUCUAGUGUAUGUAAUAGUUUUGCAAUUUUUUCCACCAGCUGGAAUAACGAUAAAAAGUGUGUGGUUGUGGUGACCCGAUCAAGGAUUCGGAAGAUCUUCCCUUCGUCAAACGCCAAAGAAGCCAAUCGAUCGCUACCGAUCAUAAUCAGUUUGCUCUAAACUAUUGCUAGAGUGUGUUGUUCCGCAAAUUACAAAGUGAGUGUUAUUCAAUUUUUGUUGUGAUUCACAUUCAGUUGCAUCACCCACGCUUCUAGACCAUUUCACCCCUUUUGCACAAUUUUAAGUAAAACGUCCUCACGCGGUUGGGUCAGUGAUACGGAAAGCCUGUCGUAGACGUCGUCGUUGCUGGUGCCAAGAAAUCGUGCAUGAACAUGAACAUGAUGAAAUUCGGAAAUAGAAGCAUGUCGAAAACUCUGGAGGAGUCUCCCAAUGCGCACAUCAACAAAACCUUGCUGGACAAGUACAUGAGCCUGCCGCUGCCGGAGGGUAAAAUCAUAGCCACCUACAUCUGGAUCGACGGAACGGGAGAAAAUGUUCGCUGCAAAGAUCGCACUCUGGACUUCAUCCCAGAAAAACCAAGUGACCUUCCCAUCUGGAACUACGAUGGCAGCUCUUGCUACCAGGCAGCGGGCCACAACUCGGACGUUUAUCUGCGUCCGGCAGCCAUCUACCGGGAUCCGUUCCGACGGGGUAACAACAUUCUCGUGAUCUGCGAGACGUACCGCUUCGACGGAACUCCAACCGAGUCCAACAAGCGCAAAACGUGCAACGAAGUGUGCGAGAAGGUUGCUGCCGAGCGUCCCUGGUUCGGGAUCGAGCAGGAAUACACUCUGCUGGAUAUCGACGGUAGACCGCUGGGAUGGCCGAAGAAUGGUUUUCCCGGACCGCAGGGGCCGUACUACUGUGGAGUCGGUGCGGAUAAGGUGUACGCCCGUGACAUCGUGGAUGCCCAUUACCGGGCUUGUCUCUAUGCCGGCGUAAAAAUCUGCGGUACCAACGCGGAAGUCAUGCCUGCCCAGUGGGAGUUCCAGGUCGGUCCGUGCGAGGGAAUCUCGAUCGGCGAUGACCUGUGGAUGGCUCGAUUCCUACUGCACCGAAUCGCCGAAGAGUUCGGCAUAAUUGCCACACUGGACCCGAAACCGAUGACCGGUGACUGGAACGGUGCUGGUGCGCAUACUAACGUAUCAACCAAAAAGAUGCGUGAGGACGGUGGAAUCGUGGAAAUCGAGAAAGCCAUCGCCAAACUGUCGAAGCACCAUGAGCGCCACAUCCGUGCGUACGACCCGCACGGAGGAAAGGACAACGAGCGACGCCUGACGGGAAAGCACGAAACCAGCUCGAUUCACGAUUUUAAUGCCGGAGUUGCUAAUCGUGGAGCUUCGGUGCGAAUCCCGCGAGGCGUUGCCGACGAAGGCAAGGGCUACUUCGAAGAUCGUCGACCCAGCUCCAACUGUGACCCGUACGUCGUUGUGGAAGCUAUUCUCCGAACAAUCUGCCUGGAUGAGUAAGGCCCCGGUUGAGAAGCGGAACCAGUUUUAAAUUGUGACCGUUCUAGCUUUAAGCGUGUGUAUAUGUUAACCAUUACGAACAAUUCCAUAUGUGUAACAAUUAUUAACUUAUGAUUUUAACUGUGAAA